AUGGGGAGCGGAGCGAGUUUGAACAAUUCAUAUCAGAACAGCGAGCAAAACGGUAAACUGCAACACCAGGCGAGCUUAAAGGUUAGCACAACUCAACUCAAACGCGAACUGAAGGAGAAAGAUGAUUUUCUGCAGCGAAAAGACGCCGAAUUACAGCAUCGGCAGCGUAUUAUUGAAGAAAAAGACGCCGAGUUGGCCAAACUGAGGAAAGAAAUUCACGAGUUGAAAUGCGUAGUGCAACAAACUGCUUCCAAGGCUAAUGUUUUGUCUACCAUUCAAGAGGAUGGGGCGCCCAGACAAGCCAAAGGGAGAACGAGCAGAAAGGAAAAACGAAUGGCUGUCAGCGGGGAGAGCAGUUCGAAAGUGCAAGAGGACACAAAAAAGGAACUGGACCGCCACCCAAAAGACUUCAGGUAUGCUAGUACAGUUUAUGAAUAUUUUCAUUCAACAGAUUGUCAGUGCACUGAAAGUUAUUAAUCGUCCGGAGUAAUUUAUUUGUUUAGAAUAUUUGUUUUUCUCACUUCUUUGUACCUGAAAUUGAAUGAGAAAUAAUGUCCUACCAGGAAUAGUGAUAUCAAAGCUCACGAUAAAACUGUUUGAUUAUCAGUUAAGUGAAUGAAAAUUAUUCCUUAAGUCUCGUGAAGAGUGCUAUCUAAAAUCCAUUCGAAAUGUUAAAAAGCUGCUUGUCAGGUUAAUUCGCUCCGUUUUGCAAUAACCAAUUAUUUUUUUUAAAAUCCUGUCCCCUUUGGUUCUUGGUUGUUGGCCGUGAAUUGGUCAUUUUGAAUUUUUAGCAGUAAAUAUAGAAUGACCUAUUCCGUCUCCAUAACUUUCUAGCAAUUUAAUAAACCUACAAGGUCUCAGUGUUCCAUUACUCUUUUAGCUGCCUUAGCUACCAAACUAUGUACUUAAUGUGAUAUAAAGUACAUCUGAGUAUAAUUUAUGUGAACAAUGCUGAAAAAAAUAAUUCAGAUAUAGAGACAGUUUGAAAAGGCAAGUCGCAAAAAAAUGUUUAUUUAUUUGGGGGUUGUCAUCAACGCUUGACGUUCAGUGGUGGUGAAUUUAUGUACUGGAAGUUUUGGUUCUGAAACAGCAGCACUUCCUUUCGGAUGUUUUGGGUCGUUGUCGAGUGAGAUCGAGUUUAUUUUGAUAUUGACGCUUUCAUUCAAACAAUAAGGCAUAUGACCUUUUGAAUAAUCACCUCAAGUAUGCAUUGUCGAGUCACUGAAAAUUUAUGAGACCUUAUGAGACAAAACAGAAAAAAAAGGAAAAAAAAUACAAACAGUCGUCGUAUUUCACGGCCGUAAAAUCGCUAAUAAACGCGGAAUUUGCCAAUUAAGUAACCUAAACAGAGAUAUAGGCUGUAUUAAAUAGUCUGUGAUUACCAUCUCCAUUUAACAACGUGUUUUUUUUGUUAAAUACAGCGUAAUUUGUUAAAAGGUUCCUUUCCGUAAUUUCGAUUAUCUCAGUUAUGUGCUUCGACUAAAAUGCCAGUCAACCUCGUAAUACCGAACUACACUCUUUCAGAAGCUAAACUGACACAAAAAAAAUAGACAACGAACUCUUCCCAUACUUUCGCUUGUAGUUACCCAUAUGAAUUUCAUUAUUAUAUCAUAUUAUUAUUUUUUCACCAGCUCUUUUAUGUGUGUCUGGCGGUUUUAUUGUAUUAUUCUGCCGGUGCUUAAAAAUAAAAUUACAAUAUUUGCACUUGAGUGCAAGAAAAACAGAGGAGACACAAAGCUAUUGGACAAUAUAAAAAAGCAAGAAGACUUAAUCUGAAUUCAUACUCUCCUCAAUGUAAUGCUGUUUUCCUUGCACUCGCUUACACUUUUCCCGAUACUUCAGUAUACACAGGUGUAUAUAGUAUAUGAACUCCUCAUGUCAAUAAUAACAAGAGAUUCACUGCGUUAUUGUGUAACGUGCGACACGAAAUUUGGAGCAGUUAAUGCGGAAAAGUUAAAUAGUAGACGAAUUGGAACCCACCUUGCAAAUAGCAUUGGGUACGCCCCUUGGAAAACUCUCUGUAUUGUUUGACUGCCUCUAUCAGUAUACUUAACAGUUAUUCCACGUCGCAUAAAGAAGGUCGGAAGAAGUAAAAAACCCCUUCGACAAAUUUCUGAAUUUUGUUCGUUUGUUUCGUAGAUCUAAGCAGCUCAUAAAGGAUGCCAUCAACGAGAAUGACUUUCUCAAAAACUUGGAGUCGGCCCAAGUGCGUGAGGUAGUUGACUGUAUGUAUCCCAAGACUUAUAACAAGUCCGAAAUUAUUGUCCAAGAAGGAGACAUUGGCCACGCGUUGUAUGUUAUUGCAGGUAAGAUCCAUCUGAGUCCUAUAUCUUGCUAAAAGAUUUUUAAUAAGUAAUAACGUUUUAUCCUGAUUUAUUAUGGUUUUUACACUAGAUUUUUCUUAAAAUUUAUGGAUUUCCAACGCUCUGAAACGUUGUUAACACGACAUCAUGCUUGAGUUACAUAGUAUAUUUUCGGCGACAAUAUUUUCAACGACUUUAACUUUCACUGGUACAUGUCCCCACAGCACUGUAUUUACACGUUAAACCGUCGUAACGUCGGCGAAAACACAGUGAAAUUAAAUAGUAUGUAGAAUUUCACAUUUUCAAGUCACAACAGUUGACUGGGCGAUAAUGGUGGAACACUGAAAUCACACAGUUGGACAAGUCAUUCAGGAUCCAAGCUCAUUGUAAUAAAACUUAAAUUUCGUUUAUUACCUGUUUUCACUCUGAAUGACAUCAUUUGAGGAGAAGCAAUGAGAAAGAGAGGAGAUUAGGACUGCGGGCUCCUUUUGUCGCCCGGAAAAACCUUCUAUGUAUAGUUAGCAAUUCAGUAUUGAAUGAUCGGUUGAGUAGGAUGUGAAGAAUUAUGCAGAUCUAGGAGACUGUUAUCCACCGAGGCGAAGGCGGUGGUGGACGGAUAAUCACAUCAUACGAAAGCCUAAUUCAAUAAUUGUUUUAUUAUUCGUUCAAAAUAUUUCUAAGUUCUCAAAAGCUUAACUCCUCUUAGACUUUCUACGAAGCGGUUUCAGGAUAUAAACACACCUUUUUUCUUGCAGAUACUCAAAAAGUAGAUAACAUCCAUCGAGCCAUAUGUUUUGCUUAUUCUUGCAUCUCUUCCGUUCAGCUUAAGUGAGAAAUUCAUCUUCUUCGUUUUCGGAUAGCUGUGAACACCAUUUUUUGAUCGAUGGUCUAUUGCCCAUACAGCCUCGGCUCCAGGCAAAUAUACCAUCGUUCAACCUCAUUUACAUGUUAAUAUACCAUUGAGUUGAUGGUACAUUGUUCGCAUCUUCGUCCAAAUUUGGUCAGCUCCGGUUGGUUAUUUAUAAAUUAGCUGGGGGCUUUCAGCCAAUCAGAAACGGAAUGAAUAAUAAUAGGGCCCCAAGAACAGGGAAACCUGUGAUAUUGGUUCGGUUUAGAAUAUUGACGUGAUUAGUAUUCUUUUUAGAGGGCCGUCUUGAAGUCACAAAAGAUAAAGAGGUUUUAGGUGAAAUGAACGGAGGAACUGUGUUUGGGGAGUUGGCCAUUUUGUACAACUGUAAACGAACUGCAACUGUCAAAGGUAUUUGCCAUCCGUAUUAGCCAUUUGUAUUGCUUCUGACUUUAGUCAUAUUUUAUUAAUUCAUGUGCAUGUAAGCUCAACUGAUUUGCCCAGAACAGCCUCGGGGCUCAUCUGCUAUGUGAACUAUGCCCACGCCCGGGAACAGGCACAGUUUUUGAUGGGCAGACAAAUCCUUUCACGAUGACAGCUGUCAUGAAAAAAGGGGUUAGUUUGAAAAGAUGAUGCGGUGCUGCGGUAAAUUUGAACAAAGAAUUUCGUCCGUUCAACCCAAACUGAGUGGCCGGGACGCAUGUGAACAAACUCACUCAUUUGACUGUGAAAUUUCUCACUGUUGUUCAAGGCAAUUUAGGAGUUAGUCAUUUCCAGUGAAUAUAAUAUUUUGGCCUAGCAAGAGUUAAAUAUGUAAAAUAACAGUCGAACCUCCAUGUGCAACCACCUCUCGUAAGGGACCAUCUCCCAUGACCGAUCACCGAUCCAAAACACUGAAAUGUUAUUUAUUUAUUUAUAAAGUUCGCCAAGAGGCCUGGAUCACUCACAGAGCAAGCUCCACUAUGAGGUCCAGAAAGCCUCUAUAGUUAGAACCCAGUUAGAACCUUUCUUCAACGACCAUCACCGAUCCAGAACACUGAAAUUUUCCCAAAGCCUCUAGUCAACGACCACCUCUCGUAAGCGUCCAUCUCCCAUGACCGAUCACCGAUCCAGAACACUGAAAUUUUCCCAAAGCCUCUAGUCAACGACCACCUCUCGUAAGCGUCCAUCUCCCAUGACCGAUCACCGAUCCAGAACACUGAAAUUUUUCCAAAGCCUCUUGUUAGAAUCUUUCGCCAACGACCACCUCUCGUAAGCGUCCUAGAGGAUACUUGCUAGUGGCUAGGUCUGACUGACUUUAAAAGGGUAUUGGAGAACAAUCUUAGAAAGCAGUUGCUGGUGGCCUCAUAAGCGUCCAUCUCCUAUGAACGAUCACCGAUCCAGAACGCUGAAAUUUUCCCAAAGCCUCUAGUUAGAACCUUUUAUCAACGUCCACCUCUCGUUAGCAACCUCGAUCACUUUUUGGGCUGAUGAUUUCUUUGUUUCCAUUGCUUUUAAGCGACCGCUUGAUUCAAGGUGCAAUCUCUAUGCUCAGGGUGUGAACUAGGCUACUCAGAGUAUGCGAAGGACGUUUAGUAAGAAUAUGAAACUACAGAUAAUUUAGCCUCAGAAAACAGCCGAGCAAAUGCCCUCCUCCCGUAAGCGACCACUAACUAUAUACGCAUUUUGGGUAGUCGCUUAUUGGAGGUUCGACCGUAUUUGUAAUGUUUCUUCUAUUUCUUUUCUGUAGCCAUGGACAGUGCCAAGCUAUGGAUUAUCGAUCGUAGUGUGUUUCAGAUGAUCAUGAUGAGAACGGGAAUGAUGAGACAAGCCGAACAUAUUGCAUUCCUUAAAAGGUAGCCAAACUAAGGACAUCUGCAUAGGAAGCUACCAUUCCCAGGCCACUUUUAUUAAUGAUGAGUAAUAUGAAAUGCCUUUGUGGUGAAGGGGGGUGGGGGGGGGAGUGGACAUAGUUAGUGAUUGACUGAGCCAUGCUGUUUUUAAGUAUAUUGAUUCCAACUAAUGGCUUAGAAUGUAAAAAAGAGCUCCGCUUUUAGACUUGGCUAAAUCUAUGGCAGUCAUUCCAUGAUUAUCUACAAAGUGAAAUUUUGUUUUCAAAAAAUGGGCCAAUUUCGAGGAUUCUUCGUGUCACAAAAACCGACUUAUCUAACGAACUUUUCCCUGUGUUUAUUCCUUCCAUCCUUCGAUACUCGCGUUAUCGACAUUAAAAGGCGGGCGUAACGUGAUAAGUGUUCAAAUGUGAAGAGUGUUAAAGCUACUUCUAGCUUUUCUCUAUUACCCGUCGUAUAUGAUUGCUAAAAUACAGGAAUUCGUUCCAUUCCGAUGGAACCUAGAGAAGCUGUACGAUUAGUUUAAAACGAAACAAAACUUUCGAAGAAAAUUGCUCGUAUCAGUGAGUGUUCUAUGACGGCGCAUAUUUUUCAAGUUUGUUAGUUAGAAGAUUAUGAUUUCGAGCUACGAAGGUAAAAGAAGGACGCUUUACCUUUAUAUUUGACCUUGUCGUUCCUCUCAUAAUUUUUACGAAAUCUCUAUCAAUCUACCGAGGCAUUUUCUUGAUAUUUUUUUCUUUUCGAUGGUACAGUUAGUGGCUUUCCUAAAAGAUGGAAAUCAUACUGAAUAGAACUACUGAGAGCAGCCGUUGCUACUAAAAACAGCCCAUUUUAGAGUGAACUUUUAAAAUAAACUAUAAAACGAAGUUUCGGUUUGGCUUUCUGGUAGUUUGUUAAAGAAACUAACAAAAGUGUUAGCCACAAUUUUUUUCAGGCUUUCUUUUCGCAAGUGCAAAAAGUUGCGUCUAUAACUGCGAUGAUCAUCUUUCAUUUAAUGCCUCAACCCGCAGUUCACAUAUAUGAUUUUCAUAUAUUCAUAACUCCAUGAUCAUCCUUUCACAGGUUUAUAAUGAACCAAUUCAACGACCUGCUCCCAUUUGGCUUGUUGGCUUAAUUGUCGGUAGAGCGCUGCACCGGUAUCGCAGAGGUUAAGGGCUCGAAUCCCGUACAAGCUUGAAUUUUUUGCAGGCUUCCUUUUCGCAACUGCAAAAAGUUGCAUCUAUAACUACGAUCAUGAUCAUCUUUCAUGUAAUUCAUAUAAUUGCUAGCUACCCCGUUGCAUUUACAAUUGAUAUUUAGAUCCUUUGAUGAAUUAAAACGGCAUUGCCCCUUCCUCCACAGCAAAGAUUUCUUCUAAUUCUACAUCUUGCCUUCAUGUUUCAGUGUUCCUCUUUUAAAAAACUUAUGCGAACAAGAAUUAGCCAAGCUUGCAGACGUUAUGGAAGAGGUAAUAACUGACGAUUACUCAGCCUGACUGGUGUAGUUGAACCUUAUUCUCACUUAAUUCGCGAGUAUUAAAUUUCGCGAAAAUCAUGAGCCAUAUUUCGCGACAAUUUAAUUUCGCGAUUUUUAGGGAUUUUUAGAUUUCGUGAUUUUUCUCCAAUGGCGAAAAUCGCGAAAUUAAGUGAGAAUAAGGUAAUAAGAUUUUCAGGUGCUUGUAGACUAAAGGUACCCGUUGGUCCUAAUUGUAUGUAGCAGAAGGUUGAUGCUGACUGGAGUCUGAUUGCUAAGUAUGUGAUCGUUUCCUUUUAUUCGCGAUUUUAGGAUUAUUACCAUGGCGAUGACUUCAUUAUACGCGAGGGAGAAAGGGGGGAUACAUUCUAUAUCAUCAAUAGAGGAUCGGUAUGUUCUAUAAGUGUGUAACCGUUAUAUACUAUAACCAUGCUUCUGUCGGGAGAAAAUAGAAAUGGAACCUGUGACUACACGUGGGACGCUAUAGUAAUUUUUUGUUUUUGAUUUGAUUUACACGUAAUUUUUUGAAAGGGAUUAGUUCCCGGUGUAGUGAAUCCCGAAGAAAACCUUUGCAGAACCCCCUUCCCCCUUCCCCCUCCCCCCAAUAAAAAUGCCUUGUUUGUAGACACCGCAAAUCACCCUUGGAGCAUUCGUAUGGAGGUGGUAGUUGACCUGUCGCCUUCAGGGGCUUGAGACACAUAUUAGCAAAUUGCCGGUGACAAGAAUCGAUUUCCUAUGGAAGGAAUGAUGGCAAUUUGUGAUAAAAUAAGAACCGUUGUAUUAAAAAUAGAGAAGCCCCUUUUAACUGUUUUGCUAAAAAUGUAAGUCUGUUAGGGAUGACCAACCUGAAAAUGCUGUAGAACCGGAUCGGUUUGUUUAAACAACGCAUGGGUUACAUUUUGUUGUAGAAGUGACCCCAGUCUCCUCUAUCUCCCUUUUAAGGGCACAGCACAGCCUUCUCCCCUCGCACCCUCCCCCAUCAUUUUCUGGUUCAGCUUUCGCGCAGAUGUAUUUCUUACGAACCACAAAAGAAAGAAAAAAAGAGGACCAAAAUAACAUUCAUCUACGCAGGCUAAGGAUUUUAUUAAAGUGAAUCUCCUCCCCACUUCCCAACAUCGUUGUAUGUUGUAUGUGGCGCAGUCUUUUGCUUGUUUGUAUCAUGUGUGUAUCAUGUUUUCCCCUUAGGUGAUCGUCACUCAAAGAGUGGCGGGAUUUGAUGAGCCUAGGGAGAUCAGAAGACUCCAGAGAGGAGAUUACUUUGGCGAAAAAGCUCUCUUAAGGUACCACCCUCCAACCUCUUCCUCCCUUCUUACCGUCAUGAGCGUCAUCAUCAUCAUCAUCAGCAUCAUCAUCAUCGUCAUCGUUAUGAUGUCAUCGUCAUAAUCAGCAUCAUCGUCAUCAUUAGCAUCAGCAUCAUAAUCAACAUCAACGUUAGCAUCACCCACCAUCACCAUGCUUAUCACUAAUGAUCAUCAUCAUCAUCCUCAUCAUAUUAUCAUCAAUCCCUCAUUUUUUCGGCUCUGUUUCUUUUGAUCACUUCUCUUGCGAUUGCCUCGGGUGCCAGUAAAGGUUAAAACUGGAAUUUCAGUCGUCUGGGUCUCACUUCACUCCAAUCGUUUUCUGAACACAGUUGUAGUGUUAUUAUAGUUUUUUCGUUUCUGUUUUGUUUUUUUGUUUUACAAUUUACACAGUCUUGUCUGAUUUUUGUUGCUAUUUCUUUAGUGAAGAUCGCAGAACAGCAAAUGUGAUCGCCGAGACACCGGGCGUGGAAUGUUUGGUUAUCGAAAGAACGUGAGUUUAAUACCGAAACGUUUACAUUUCCACCACCGCCACCACUACCACUACCUACUGGUUGUUAAAGUUUUGACUUUUAAGGCCUCUCUUCAUGUACGCAACUCCUAUGACCUCCUAUAUGUUUUUUUUCAUAAUCAUCAGUACACCGACUGUCGCAGAAGUAAAAAUAAGACGUGGAUCUUUGUUUUUAAUGAAAGAGCACGUAGCACUCAAGCUAGUUUAGAGGCACACAACUCAGAUUGUCAAAAACGAGUAAUCUUAAUGAAGCAAAACAUAGUUUAAAUACCUCAACUGGCAGGAUAAAACCAGUUGCCUAUUUGCAAACAUUAAGCGGUUAGUUGAAUAACAUUAAUUUUUACCGUAGCUGAUGUUUUUAAGCAUUAACCCUACGUUGGAGCGAUUUUAAUGGGUAGCAUUAAAAUAAGGAAUACGAAACUAUUUCUCAUGAAGUUGUAUUGAACCAAUGCCGCCCUCCCUACCCCUCCAAGAUACUAACGGAAAUAACUCGUUUUGCAAUGUAUUUCUCAGUGCUUUUAAGGCUCUUAUCGGCAACCUUGAUGAACUCAAGAAGAAAGACUACGGCGAUAUGGAAAGAGGAGCCACGAGGUACAAUGGCAAUAAUUUGUUACUCUCAGCUAUGUAAAAGGUAUAUUAGUGAGAAAUACUUUUAAAAAGAAAAUGUUAUCUCCUCUGCAGAUGUCUGUCGGCUUCUAAGCUUGAUUCAAGUUAUAACGAGGAUAGGAAAAUCUCCAAAGAGUUCCAGGACUUGACUCUUGACGAACUGGAAGUAGUGGCCACCCUGGGGAUGGGAGGAUUUGGACGCGUGGAGCUGGUAAGAGAAGACAUUUUAAUUUUUUCAGGAGGGUGGGGAAGCGAGAGGACCCUUGGGCGUGGUUGAAUAAUAAUCCACCAAGCUAGAUAGUAGGGAGUGCUUAACCCGUGAAAUAGGGAGAGGGCACUACGAAGUAUUAUACUGUAAUUUCUUUUGUUUACUCCCAGUAUUUUCCACUCACCUAUAUAACAUAACGUUUACUGCAUUCCUAUCAAGGUACAAAAUGUAAAAGACAAAAGAACGUACGCGUUAAAAUGUUUGAAGAAAAAACACAUCCUGGACACAAGGCAACAAGAGCAUAUCUACUCCGAGAAGAAAAUAAUGUCUCAAGCAAAUUCACCUUUCAUCUGCAAGUAAGAUAUAACCGAUAUUCCUCCCAUUAAAUUAGGGAGCUUUAACAUCUACCACGGCCACGGCAGCGAAAACGAUUCGCGCUGCUUCAAACUUCUUCGCUCUUAUUCCAUCUCGUUUAAUUUGUCAAAUUUUGGCGAAUUUUUCUUGAGCUGAAUUCUAAACGACUGUAUCUAAGUUCAGAAAAAGAAAAAUUAAAAUCUUUUUCUUGCAUUCACGUCCUUUAUAAAAGGUGCAUUUGGGAAGUUUUCAAUGUACCGAAAAAAGCGUGAUGCGCGUGCAAGGUUGUUGUUUUAGCAAUCUAAACCUAUUGCUUUUUUUGUCGUUUUCGUUGCCGUCGCCGUAGUCGUUACUUGGCUUAAGCUCCCUGUUAUCAAUUUUCAAAAGAACAACAAGGAAAUCAUACUUUAAUGUAAACAGUUUCAUUUUGGGAACCGGAAGAGCUGAAAUAUUAUCAUCCUUGGGGACCCUGGUAGGGGAAGUCAGUCGCGUCAGGAGAAACGCACCGUGCUUUGAAACUUUCAUCGUACCCAAAGACUGCCUCUGGGUCUUCUAGGAUGAAGUAUGAUAUGAAUGCUGUAGGCAAGGUGACAAAAAAUCGGCGCUGGUCUUCAUGCUUUUGGAAAGCACCCCAUCCCUUUAUGUACUGAAACAGAGAUGCAAACCUUUUCGCCCAAUGUAAUGUGUGAUAGUCUAAGACAGUCUUGGUUCUGGAUUCCACGCUGUUAAUUCAGGAAUACAGGUACUAGAUUCCGGAUUCCUUGUCAGUGGUACUUGGAUUCCAGAUUCCAAUCCACGUUAGCCGGAUUCCGGAUUCCGGAUUCCGGAUUCCUAAGCUGAAUUCCAGAUUCAAAAGCCUAGGAUUCUAGAUUCCACGAGCAAAAUUUCCUGAAUCGCGGAAUCCGGAUUACCUUACAUGGGAUCAUAAUACGUUUCUGGGAAACUGCCCACCUACCCCUCCCCUAAGCCAACAUUUUGCCCUAAAUGAGAAGUAAGCGUUAAUGCUGGCUUAGGAGAGGGGUAGGUGGGCAGUUUCCCAGAAACGUAUCCACAUGGGGCAAAACCUUUGGUGCUAUAUCGCAACCAUUACUAUAUAAUAUGUUGCGGCUUCCCCUGAUGUAACUGAAGUUGUCAAACCAAAAUGAUUCAUUCUCUAACUACAGGUUGUAUCGGACCUUCAAGGAUCGAAAGUACGUUUAUAUGUUGUUGGAAGUUUGUCUAGGCGGAGAACUUUGGACCAUCCUAAGAGACAGAGGGUUUUUCGAUGACUCUACCGCUCGAUUUUUUGUGGCCUGUGUUGUGGAAGCUUUUGAGUAUCUGCAUUCACGAGGAAUUGUUUAUCGCGAUCUGAAGGUAUAAGCGCAAUGUUCAAAUAUCAUCAUGCCAUUUAAAUACCCUUCGUACUGUAGAUAUGAUAUCUAUACUGCUUAGAGUAUAUGGGUUGACUGUGUGAGGCCACUGUUAUAGUCCAAACUCCAAUCGCGAACGGACACUUCCCGCAGACGCGCGCUGAAGUCCAAGCUACAAACAUUAACCACAAAGGACUGCAAAGGACCGCGAACGAAUAUGCCGAAGAACGUAGGAUCUAUAAAGACCUGAUCAGCAAAAAUAAUAAUGUAGACAUAUUAAAUUCUGCAAGCAGAAUACUGCAAUACUGAUCGUACUACGUGAAAAUUAACUCUGCAAGACACCAACACGACACCGAAAGAACUCAAAACAGAGCGUGAUCGUUGGGGCUCGUCAGUAUGGCACAACUUUCUGUGGUUGUUGCGCCAUACUGAAGAACCCCAAAAAGGGCGAAACAGCUGUCUAUGGCUACAAUCCCGCUCUGUUUUGAGUUCUUUCGGUGCCGUGUUGAUGUCUUGCAGUACGAUCAGCAUUGCAGUCAGAGACCGCGGAACAAGGUGAAAAGUGGGAGGGCUGACGAUUGAAAAAUUAAAAAAGUAUAACUUUUAGCUUUUUUCCUUAUUUUUAGUAUCAUAAACUAAAAGGUUUUCACCCCCGCCCCCGCGUUUUUUCACGUGGGGCCGCGGCCCUACCAGCCCCUCCCCCUCCGCGGUCCCUGGCAGUAUCCUAGCUUCAGUUCAUACAAACACAGCCUGGACGGUUUCUCGAUAAAGUACAUUCCUUUAUAAUAUAUAGUCUUAGUAUGACCUUCAAACUGAUUUACUGAUUACACUUGCCUUAAAGGGAUUUUAGGAAUGCUAAUGAUGCUAAAAUGUUUUUACAGUUGUUGUCGACUAAAUAGAGGUCAAAUCGAUCAUGCGGCUGAAUAAGCAACCUACCCACACCUCUUCAGAUUUGUGAACUGUUGCCAGCGGCUUCACUUUUCCACAACAAAUAACUAGGAUUUCCAAGAGACUACCAUGUGUGAUAAAGAACUCGUACGUGACUUGCGCGUUACUCAAACUGAUAAUGCGCGCUACUAAUUCCUUGGUUGCGCAGGAAGCAUGCUCUUAAUAUAAGUGGGCCCCGACUUUAAUUUUCGUGUCCCGAUCGUGUACGCUUAACAGAGGCUCGAUUUUAUUACGAUGUACCUGAAGAUAAAGGAUUUAAAGUGCUCAUUGAUGUCUGUUUUUUUUUAUCAGCCGGAAAAUUUACUUUUGGAUAAAGAUGGAUAUGUGAAACUGGUACGAUGGAAGUAUUUCUUUCUUGUAUCCUCUUUAAAUUUCGUUCGGUUUUAGUUACAUUGUUUAUAUUGCACUAUCAGGUUUUUAGUAUAUCAUUUUAUGUUAAAGUGGUUUUGUGAUAAAAUCCGAUAAAACAGACACGUUUUUUUUAUUUUUAGGUGGAUUUUGGUUUCGCCAAAAGAAUUGGAUUCGGAAGAAAGACAUGGACAUUUUGUGGAACACCGGAGUAUGUUGCUCCAGAAAUUAUUCUUAACAAGGUAAAGAUUAUAAUAUGUGAUAAGAAUAACCAUUCUCGCUCAUAUAAGAAUGUGACUUUGUCCUAUUAAAUAAUCUUAUUUUUUUUCGAGUGAGAAACAUUGUAGGCAGUUUAUUACUUUUAAUAGUCCAGUUUCGAAUUCUUCGCGGCCGCUGAAUAGAAGCACCGAAGACUCCCAGGCAUCCUCUCGCCGGUAUUUGUGAAUAUUUCAUCGGAGCUCCAGGCGCGCACGAGCGGAGCGCCAUAGCUGAGAAAAUUUGGUAUUCUAUCCACCCCCCAAAAUUUUGGUAGUCACGUUACCGUACGUCCACCCGCCCGUCCGUUCGUCCGUCCGUCCGUCCGCACCACAGGGAACCGAUGUGAAAUGUUACACUGGGCGCUUUCCAUUUACCAAAAACUGUGAGAAACUUACAUCGAAAGGUCCAUCGAGUGAAGAACGAGUUCCAUUUGACAUAAGUUCUAUUCGUUUAUGCUCUCGUCACCAAAGUUCAAGAAGGUGGCACAGAUGUCGUCGUGAAUAGCCUGGAACUGGUGAUUCCUUACGACUUACGAAAACUCUUAAAUGGAACAUGCAUUUCCAUUGGAUGGUUUCCAAAGGGAUAACAGGACUACCUUUUCAAUUUUCCAGUUAUAUCGCGGACUCAGGUGUCAACCCAUCGAGGUUACGUGUUUUUUUUUUAACGUUUACCGCUGACAAGUUUCUAGUUUUCAACUAAUCGCAGGCUCAAUUCUUUUUGGAUUUCUUCGGUGCAAUGUUUUUUCAUUAACGGGAGCUUCGCCUUUAGCCUUGGCUAAAUCUACAUAAUAUAUAGAUUUAGCCAGGGCUAAAAGCGAAGCUCCCAUUAAUAAAUUUAUAAUUUAAAUCAAAGAAUAAACUUGUAAUCCACAAAUCAGUAAACUUUAAGGGAAAGCUAAGGCUAAGUGAUUCUAGAGUGAAAAAAAAAUCUUACAUCGAAUUGAUAGCCGUAUAUAUACACCCAAAAAAUAGCAAUCAUCUUCGAUCACAUUUUAGAGCCAUAAUGGCUCUUGAUCACAGUAGAUUAGGCCUGGAAAACGAAUUUUUGGAAAACAAAUCAGGCCGAAUUUUUUGCGUUCGACAAGUUUACUUAACAAAAUCUUGCCAACAACUCUGGGAGCGUGUAAACCAACAUUUCAUACUUUUUAUACAUCUCAUCUGAAACAGUAAUAUGAGGCGUUGUUUUUAUCACAUAGACCUCGGACAAAAUGCAGUAUUUCACAAUUUGUCAAGACAAAUUGCACUCAUUCAAUAUUCAGAACCGUACGAAGCACGCGUGGGCUUUUAACAAAACCGUUCAAAAAAUUUCCAAAAUCACCUAUACGGCCAGCCGGUUCUCACUUUUGACAAGCGCCAAAUUUUCAGUGAACAUUAAAAGAGUUACGCUUCAACAGAAUAAAGAAUUUAUUGUGUUUAUUUUUUUUAUUAAAAGGUUUUAUAACGAUGUGUAAUCUUAAAAAGCGUUUGAUACGAGCAGCAUUUUGAGUACUCCUGCAAGCGUUGUUUAUGAAAGCUUAUGAACGACUGAAAACAGACGGCAAAGCGAUUAAAAUUGUAAGAGACUACUAACAAUCAAUAAAAGAAAUGUAAUCCGGUGAAACAUUUACAGAGACAACAAUUUUCAUUAACGAAGACAAGUAUUAAAGCGUCUCUAAAAAUCCUGAGUCUUUAAGCUUAAGCUUAAAGCUUUUAGCCGGCUUCCUGGUGUUUACUGUUUUCAAAGAUGAACUCGAGGCAAGAAAAUCGCUCAAAGCUUUCUUUCUAAAGCCAAAAUUAUUAACUAAAUACUCUUCGGACCGUUUUUUCGUUCUAUAUGCGGAGAGAAAAUAUCGACUAACGGCUUUUUAAAGUUCUGUAAGCUUAUAUAUACUAGAUCAGAUCAUUGUCUCAGAUCUUAACACAAACGUGCGUAAAUUAGCCCCAUAAACUGCGCUUGACUUCAUGAAAUACGAUAUAAAAAAACAAACAUACACUGUAUACAAUAAUUACUUAGGCUUACCAUUCGAGAUGCAGCUCUUGAAAGCUAUAAAGUAAGGCCAGAAUCGCUUGAGGGACUUUUCAACCCGCAUCCAGCAAGGUAAAAACGAAAGCGAUGCAUCCGAAAUCGGAUUUCCAACCGGCGCAUUUCCCGACCAAAAAUACAAUAAACAAACUAGCCAUGAAUCAAAAAAGACUGUUGAUAGCAGCUGUAUUUCAUUUUAAGCAUCCAGUGGAAAAAGACAGUAAAAAACAUCACAAGUUGACAAAAUACUCUGUCAGCUUCAGCUGUCAAACUGAAAGUAAACAAGGUUCAAGAUGCUGUAUAAAUUUUCUGCAUGAACUCACCUGUCAAAUUUUGACCGAUCAGAGCAUAAAAAUUGGACGGUGGUAGAGCGUGAUCAACGCGUGACUAUGGUGAGAAAAGUGAAAAGCCUCUGUCUUCCCUGCUUGUAUUUUUAAAUGACUGGCUGAAUUUUCGAGUCCGAGAUCAGUUUGAAAUCAAAAUGUUAAUAGCUCGGGGCCAUAGUGACAUUAACACAACACUUUCUGUCAUCAUGUCAUUAUUUUGCUGCCGUUCUCUUUGCCUUUGUAUUUCCCUUUCGCGUUGCCUUUGUCUGUUCAUUCUAGCUCUGUCUCGUUCUGCUUGCCGGCGUUUUUCACUAUAAUUUUCUCUCCUUCUUCUCGCUCUUCUACUUGCUUUCUUUUUUUCAAAACCAGUUGCGCGAAACUGUUGUUGCGCGAUAUAAUUGCGCGACGUUGUGCCAUGCGAUUUCCCGCCAAAAACUCUCUACUUUCCCCUACCCCAAGAGACCAUGCGGACUACUUUCCACUACCCGGAAAGUCCGUACGGACGGACGUACGCUACGUCAUAACCAAAUUUUCUGGGAUGGAUAGUUUACCAAAUUUUCUUACCCAUGGUGCUCCGCUGCGCGCGCGAGCUCCGCUAUUACUUCAGGUCGAGCAAAACCCUUUACAAAUAUUCUUUGGCGCGCUUAUUAAGCGGCCACGAUAAAUUCGGCACAGGACUAUCAUUUGAGAGCUCAGUAUUAUGGAACUAGCAACUGAUAUGAAAAAAGGAACGGCCUGAAUUUUUCAUGUUUUCUUUCGACUCCUUACAGCUGAGAUAAACAGCGUUGAUCACAUUUGCCAUUCGCUUUUUGUGCAUUUAAUUUUUGUCUGAUAGCAACAGUCAGAGUUCAAAUCCUCGAAAUAAAACUGACUGUGAGGGUUCGGUUGCUUCUACAGAAGUUUACAUUGGCUUUACUUCAAGCAAUGACACCUUUUUGUUUAAUAAUGAUAAUAAAGCUAAGCUUCCCCGUUGAUAACAGUUAACUGAUCUCUCGUUGAAAGAAAUAGUGUGUAAAUAAAUGCAUAACCCCUAUGUGGCAAAAAUUUGGUAGCAAAACUCAAUCCUGGGCUUUCCUCGUUCAUGAUGCUCUUGAUGGAAACACUUAAUAACAUAGGGCGUGUGCUUACCCUUUCUAAGUCCUAUAGAUUCGUGAUGGGAAAAAUCUGACGUGUUUAUUUGUGUUUAUUAAACUCAGAUUUUGUUUACUUUCAUCAAAGUUCCCAUUAAUCGAAGACAAUGAUGCAGAACUUUCUACCUAUUUUUGGAAUUGAGCUUCCAACUAUUCAAAGUAACAGCAAAAGCAGUGAAAAUAUUUCGUGAAUUAACAUUAACCGAGUGUUAGAGUUCAAAAAAGAAAAAAAGGUCAUCAUAUUAUCUAUUCUUUUGUUGGUGUUGUCACUGCUUACGGUCACUUAUUUUUUUUUUAUGCUCAUUUGAUUCUCAGGGUCAUGAUUUGUCAGCCGAUUGCUGGUCUCUGGGAAUUCUCAUUUUUGAACUUUUAACUGGAAGGUGAUUUUUAUGGUCAACUAGUUUAUACAAACAGCAGUUACAAUCCUGGGGGUGGGGGUACUCUCUUAUAUAAGCCAUAUAGGUAUGUGCCGCCCUUAAAGGGUUUUGUUUUUGCGCCUUUACGGUCUGAAAACGGGUAUAGACUUUACCCAUUUUGGUCUGGAAUCGGCUAUGGUUUUCGACAGAACUACGGGAGUGUAUGAACGUAUUUGUAGUUUCAAAUCCAGAUGAAUAAGAAAGAAAGAAUAAUACCUGAAUUCGGGAUGGUAUUUAAUCUUUUUGUUGGCGUUCUAAUCUAAGUAAUAACAUAAUUUCGUAGAGGCCAAACCUCAAAACGGGUGUGGAUGUUAGAUACCAGGUCUGAAAACGGGUGUGCAAAAUGACAUGUUUUGGUCUGAUACAGGAUCAGGACUAGGAGAACCGAGCGGCACACACCAACAAGAAUUCCCACGAGUAUCCCCCGGGUUUACAAAUUAUUGCAGUAACGUUAUUUCAGUGUUGAUUAUUGUCUUGUGCCGUUCACAACAGCGAUUCGGAAUACCGACUUUUUCUAAGUAUAUCUACUUAUUUUCUGUCUUCACCGCAGUCCACCAUUCUAUGGCGCAGACCCCAUGAAGACCUACAACAUUAUCUUGCGCGGAAUGGAUGUGGUUGAAUUUCCAAAAAAGAUUGGUCGCAAUCCUCAGAACCUUAUAAGAAGGCUUUGCAAGGAAAGUCCCACUGAAAGACUGGGUUAUCAAAAGGACGGUCUCACAGACGUCAAGAAACAUAAGUAAGAGCCCACCCAGGCCUUUACGUUCAGACACCGUCAGAAAUGGCUUCUUAGAGCAUAGUCAAACAUAAUAAUAAUAAUAUUAUUAUUAUUGUUAUUUGAUUACUAUUUUUUAAUAUUUUGCUCAUUUUUUGUAGAUGGUUUCAAGGUUUUCACUGGCAAGGUCUUUUAGAGCGGACACUUGAACCUCCCAUACGGCCUAAGGUAUUUUGUUCAUAAGUCAUAUAAUUUUUUUUUUUAAAGAAUCGUCUAAAAAAUAUGAUUUAUUUUUAGAUGCUGUAUUUGGUUUAGUUGUUUUCGUGUAUUACCAUUUGUUUUCUGUGACUGUCAAACAAUGCACUUUUUCCUGAACGAUCAAGGAAACAAAGCCUUUUUCUGAAACUAGACAUGAAAGGUGCAUUCUCUGAUUAAUCUAUGUAAAAAUAAUAAUAAUAUCAAGCAAACAAAAGUAGCGGGGGUGGGGGGGGGGACGCUUAUAACUAGACUAAAACAAGUGUUUCAAAACAAGCUACAUAACAGUGCUGAUCAAAAUACUUUGUGAAUUUGAUCGAUUUUUUUAAGCUUCAAACAUCGUAAAAGGUCAGAUUCAUUUCAAUACAGGCUAGAGGGGGGCUUACAACUGGGUGUAUUUUUUGUUUACAGGUAGAUGGGCCUAUAAAUGCGGGGGAAGGGGGGUCCUAUCCUCGGACGUUUACGGUACUUGCAAUACAAUUAACCAGCCGUUAGGUGCGUCACCUCGAGAAAUUUUGAAAAAAAAAAGCAUUUCUUUUAUGUACCUCCGGUCUGAAAAGCGACCCCUCUCUGUGACAGUCCGUCCCUUUCAUUGAGCCGCCCCUUUAGGGCCAUCAUAACCUGCGUGUCAGGAGCGAGAGGGGACAAGAAUGCUUCUCGCGAAUACGCAUAGGUGCCUUUCCCCAUUUCCUUUUCCCUUUCGAUACCUACCACGCACGCAUGCUAGGACCAUCACAGAUUCAAGCAAACAAACAAACAAAGGCGAACGUUGUUCUAGUGGUAGCCUAUUAGAGACAUUUAGAUUCCAAGACGAGGACAAGAACGAGAUUUUCUCACUACCAAGUAGAGCGCGCGCGUGGACCAGCGUCAUUUUGGCGGGAAAACGUGAUAACGUCGUCAUUCUUCUGAGAGGUUUAGUGAAAAUGUCGUAGUAGCGGAAACAAGUUGGCAAAUGUAGAAGUUUUAUCAUAACAGUGCCAACUUUUCCUUUGAAAAAAAGUUUAAAGAAGCUUUCCCGGGUGUCUAUUAUCUAUUUUUGGGAAUGUCGUCGUAGUCAUCUUUGUCCUAAAGGUCUCUAUUACAUAGCUUUCAGUCCUUAGAAACUUUGUUGUUGUUGUUGAUCGAUUAUUAGGUAAAAAGCGCCACGGAUUUCAGCAAUUUCGAUCAUUACCCGAAGGAUAUGGAUGUGCCACCAGAUGACCUAUCAGGAUGGGACGAAAAUUUUUAGACUACCUUGAAAGUAAAC